AUGAAUUACGAUCGACGAUAUUCUCCACCCGGCGGUGGCGGCGGUUAUUCAACACAAACUCAAGCACGUUCACAACAACCAACACCACGUGGAAUUGAUUCAAGAUCACAUUUCUAUGGCCGAGAAUAUCCACCGCUACGAUCAAGAUCACAAAAUAAUAUCGAACAAGAUUAUGAUCGAGGAUAUCCAGGUCCACAACAUCCUCAACAACAACCAUUUUAUGAUACUCGAACACUUGACAAAAAUUCAAGGUUUCUUUCAGAAUUCCCCUAAAAAUAAAAUAAAAUAAAAUGUUUCAGAUCAAAAUCAUUGGAUACUCGCGAACUCCGCGGCGAUGACGGAUAUUAUCGCGACGAUUUUUCUCACGGUGUUAUAAUUCCGAUUCGUAGAGAAACUGGACCACGUCGACCUUUCAUUAAUAAUCCACACGAUUCUCCUCCACGACAACAUCAACCACAGCAACAACAACAUCAAGAUGAUCAAGAAAUUCAUAUUCCAUAUAAUCAUCGAAGAAGUUUUGAUGAUCGACAAAGAUUUGGAGGUUUUGAUAGCCCGAAAUCUUUGAAUUCAAGAUAUCCACAAGAACAACAUAGACCUGAACCAAGAUAUCUUGAUGAACGAGGAAUCGAUCCAAACUUCCAGCAAAUUCAACCAUAUAGAUCUGGAGGAGGAGGUGGAGGUGGAUAUCGAUCAAGUAGUGGAAGUCAUCAUCGAAGUCAUCACGAAACAAUAACCCAACAACCAACAGAACUUCGAGUGGGUUAUGGACCAAAUCAUGGGCCAGGAUAUGGGCCAGGGCCAGGUCCUCGUCCAAUUCAACAUCGUCGUAUACAAUGCUGCUGUUUCCGAUUUGUUUGGCCACCAUGGAGUGUCGAACCAACUGGACCACCCCAACAAAUUUAUAGAAAUUUCUAG